UUACUCGAAAACGAAAGUAAUAUGGCUGAAAAAUGUGCUCCUAGUAGUUGCUUGCUUUUGAGUUUAAAAGAAUGGCUCAGAAACGUCAGCUCAAUAGAAAACGUGGUUGAUUUUUUCAACCAAUUAGAAUCUAACGUUUUCGAGAAACAGCAUGGAUCAAUUGAACUUUUGCAGAGUCUCAAAUUGUGUCGGAAAGAACUCACUUUAUUGCUAAAAUUGCCUCAUAUGAGCAAACAAUUUUGUAAAGAAGUGUUCUGUCUAUGCUCAAAGGAUUUCUUAACAAAAUCAAACACUUCAGUUCCCUGGCAUAAAUUUUUCAAAGUAAUAUAUGAUACCAAUGUGGAUUAUGUGGUUGUAAAUUUAAUAGAACUUUUAAAGGAAGAAAAGCAUUCCAAAGUGCAAAUGAAGAUAGCAGAAUGUCUACAUUAUGGUUUGAAGAAUAACAUUAUGGUAGAACUACUUUGGAAACAAUGCUUGGAGAAACCUGUCAGCAUAACAAACCAGAAGCCAAUAUUUUCACCAUCAUAUCAAAUGCACUCAGAAAUGUUGAUCAAAUUUCUUGUGCAUAUACCGGAUCACGUUGCUAACACACUGCAAUUAAAAUCAAGCUCAAUAUUUGAACCUGAAGCAUAUUUUACCAUACUGUGUAGUAGCAUUGGUGAAGUUCUUGUCAAAAUUCACCAUUCAAUCCAAGAUUCGAGAGAUUGUUCAAUGUCUUUUCUCAGUCAGUUGUUUGCUAAAAUAUGUGCAGUAGGAAAGGCAGGAAUCCUAUACCAUGUGCUAUUACCAAAAAUUUCACAGUGGGUGACUGAAAGCCCCUUGUGGUGUCGAAUAUGUUCAAGGUUAUUACUGUCUGUUCCAGACUCUUUAUUGGAAAAUUGCUUGGAGCCAUUACUAGUUAAGUGUGAAAGUGCCACUGUUUUCUGCAGUCUACUUGGAGAUGCGCUGCUUUCGAAGCCAAAAUUGAAGUUUUUACUUACGCAUAAGUUUUUAUUCGUAAGAACUUAUUCUCAUGAUAGAGUUGCAUAUCACAUUUUCAAUUAUUUAGCUGAAAAAGCAUCAAGAGAAGUAUGUUAUAAAAAGACUCUCCUAAAGCUGCUUGAAGUGUGGGGAGAUAGCAGUACUAUCAAGCAUACAUCAUUUGUUCAGCACCUCUACAUCACAAAAUGUCUACUUCUUGCUUUAGGCUGCAUGAGCCAACAACAACGCCAAACCUGGGAAUCAGAAUUGAUUUUAAAGCUUAUGAAUGGUAUGACAUCUCACUUAGGAAGUCCAGAUAAACAGGUACACACAAUUGGUAUGGUGGUUGGUGAAUGUUUAACUUCAAUUGUGGAUAAAAAUGGAAAAAAACUGAACUUUGAAGUUGAAAGAACAAGUGAGAUUGAUUACUUGUACCAAUUAUCAUCAAAUCCCUCCAUUGCAUUGAGUGAAAAUAAGAUGCGCAUAUAUCUCUUUGUCAUUCUCAUGUUGAAAAUUCGUGCUAGCAUCCAGUACAAACCGUUUCCAAUUGCGGAGUUGUAUGGGUUCGACGACAGAAAAUUUCCAGCUAUGGUUCACAAAAUCACCUCGUCACAUUUGUGUGUUGACCGAACGAGUAGUGCCGACAGAUGUUGUUCCUGUGAAGAAUCCUGUUUAAAGUUCAGAACUUGUUGUGUGGAUUACUUUUGGGAGGAGAGAGACUGGUCUCAUUUAAGCGUAUACCUUGAUUAUUUCACGCGUAAAUUGUCUCCAUACAAGCAGACUAUUUGCUCCUCUAUUGCUUCGAAAACUAAUGGUAAAAAUGAAAUUCAGUAUGUAUACAUGGUUACGGAAUGUGAAGGGAACAAGCUGACUAUUUCGAGCGGUGUGUUCCCUGUCUUAGGAGACGAUGGGUAUGUUUACCUGAAUGCUGAAGUAGCCAGGUGUCACAACGUAACGCAUAUCGCGCUGUUAAACAUAUCAACAAGUUGUGGCACGAUCAAGAAAGAUGGAGAAGGUUUUCCAGUUUUUUCUGACUGUAAUUCACAUGUUUCGUUGACAGACCAGCGUCACGUUCAGUCCUGUGUCCCUACUUCACAGCAGUGUCCUUCGUCCUCGCCUGUUGCUAGACUUUGUAGAUCGUACCAAGGAAGCGUAAGCCACGCAGGUGAACUUUACAGAAACAUUAAUUGUUUGAAAUGUGAAGGCGGUAAUGUGAGUAACUUUACCAUACCAGCUUGCACUAACCCCCCACAACAAACGUUCAAAGCUAUGAGAUAUUCGAUAAUCGUCAGUUAUCAAAGAAUGGAGAUGAUCAUAGACGAAAAUGGAAAGCGUGUCGUCUUAAAAGUUUCUUGCCACGAGGGAGAGCUGUUUGAUUUUGCCAGUGGAAAAUGUUUCACUUUUCAGUGCAGCCCUGGCUAUAUUUUUAACGGUCACAUGUGCGUUCAAAGGGAGAAGGAGACAAACUCGAGCAGUGGUAUCGGAAAGCUGGAUUCAUUGGAUGCACGACUUAAAAAAUGUUUGUUUACGAAAUCAUUUCGUGGUAGUAGUUUGUUGGUGAACUUUACUAAAGACGAGAUAUUUGCAGCGCUAAAAAAGGUGUCGAGUAACUACGAAAUUUUACAAUCUGACCUGAUUAGUACAAUUGCUAGAUUCGCAGUGGACAAUGUCAAUAAACUGUAUGAGUUUAAGAGAGUAUUAGGUUUAUUCUCCAACAUCUCGGGGUCUUAUGAUGCAACUGUUUCAUCGGAACGUAACUUUGUGAUUUCGAGCGUGCACGGCUUGAACGUUAGUAAAAUGUUUCCGGACUCAAAGCAGUGCGGUGCGCCGGUCGUCCAUGACAUGAAAACAAUAUGGCUGGAUCAAGAUUGUCGUUUAGUUAUCAACAACACGUCCACCCCGCCCAGUGACUUCAUCGUGUGGACGAGAUAUUUUUGGAACAAAACUAUACUUCAGAAUAAUUCCUUUGUUGCUACGUGCAAUGCUUAUCACAUGUCAUCCUCAUGUCCAAUCAAAAUUAUACCUGAAGGUGAUUACGAGUUGCAUAGCAACUACUCUGUAAGCGUUGAAACCGGAAAUUUUAAAGGGUUGUACAAUAUAUCUGAAUACGUUCCUCUAAAAGAUGGAAUUGGAGUGUGUUUUGGCGCUUAUUCUGCUGGCCGAUCUUCGAAAAUGAAAUGGCAGUACACAACAGAAAAGGUCGAAGAAUACAUAACCGUGGUUGGAACAUUGGUCAGCAUUUUGUGUUACAUCAUGGUUAUUUUUAGUUACUUGUAUAUCAAAGAACUAAGAACUGUGCCUGGUCUAAACAUAGCUUUAUUGUGUAUUAUGUUACUCGCUUCUGAUUUGUUGAUAUUUUCGACUAUCUUCGCACGAGUGGAUUCGUUAUCAUGCCAUGUUGUGUCGGUUCUGUUACACUGGAGUUUGCUUGUAGUGCAAGCUUGGACGGCCAUUAUUUCGUACGAAAUAUUCAUGACGUUACUUAGAGCUACAUCUACACAACACGGAAGAUCGUUGAAGAGGUUCGCUGUUUAUUUCGUGAUAGCAUUUAGCGUGCCUACAGUUCUAGUUGUGUUAUCGAACGUUUUAGAUGCGAUGAGUGUUGUUUACGUUGGGUAUGGUGUACACUACGGAUGUUGGAUAGCUUCUUUUAUGGGACGGCUCCUCCUGUAUAUCCUACCCAUGGUCGUCAUUACUUGUUUCAACAUCUUCGUUCUUGUUAAAACUUUACGUACGGUGUACAAGCAACAGCGAAUCGCUUCUCAGCUACUUAAAAAGUCGGAUGACAGCGACCACGCAGAAGUGGUGAAAACAGCACUGAAACUUUUUGUUCUUCUCGGCAUCAUCGAGAUCGUUGGCUUGAUCCAACUUCCUGAAGAUGGCAACCGAACGAAUGCUAUUGUCAACGCGAUCGUUCGUCUCUUGUUUACGUUGCUAAGAUCAUUUCGGGGUUUGUUUACAUGGCUCCUUUAUGUGUAUAUGAAUAAACGCAUGUGGACUCACUACAAGUGUUUUUCGAAAUCCUACUCAUUGCGUGACUCGCCUACCCUUGCAACCAGAACGACUAGAGUGCCUUCAUUGAAGAACAAUUUCUGGGUAAGAGAGGCAAAAAUGUGAAAAGGGAAUUGAUCAAAACGUGUAGUUUUAUGUAUUAGUUACAUAUAUAUAUUUUACAGUGUAUUCCAAAACUUCUAAAUAUAUGAAUUUGAUUAACGCA